AUGAUGAUGAUUGGUCCGUGUCCUGCAGGAGAUCACGCCUGGCUCCUGGGGGAUGAUGUGGACCUCCUGCCCUUCCUGUUGUUGCCUUUGGCUGGUGGAGAAGAAUACACAGAGGAUGAAGUGGAAGUUCUUCCCCCCGACCUUCAGUAUUUACCAGAAGACAAACAGCGAGAACCGGACCCCGACAUCCGGAAGAUGCUGCUAGAGUGCCUGCAGCUGCUCUGUGCUACGCCAGGGGGACGUCGUAUCCUUAAAGAUCGGGGAACUUACCUGAUCUUGAGGUCGCUGCAUUCCUGGGAGACUGAGGUCGAUGUAAAGAGAAGCUGUGAGAAGGUCAUCCAGAUCCUGAUUGAUGACGAACCACAACCGGGGUUAGAAAACCUCUUAGAAGUAAACGUGCCGCCGGAGGUGGAGGAAAAGUUGAAGCGUCUGGAUGAGGAGGAAGAGAGAGUGCUGCGGGAGGAAGAGCGGUAACGUCUGGAUGAGGAGGAAGAGCGUGCACUGCCAGAGGAGGAAGAGCUGUAGUGUCUGGAUGAGGACGAAGAGCGUGCACUGCCGGAGGAGGAGGGGGGACAAGUGAUGACUGUGCUCUGCAUUCAUCCUUCAACUCGUCCUCCUGUGUUGUCCUCUUAAUUCCCCAUCCCAGAGAUAAUGUUUCCCAGGUGCAGAUUACUCCUAAAAAAUCAUGGGGGUGAUGUGUGUACAUGACAAUCUAAGAGACUAUUCUCUACCAUAAACCCUGAGUAUGGUCAUGGUUCCUACCAAGUGGGCGUAGUCUAAGACUUAAAGGGGUACUCCUAGGGAAAUAUAUAAUCUACAACGCUAUCACACUACCUGGUUAUGUUCCCUGUAAACCAUCCUGCCUGAUAUAUAUGGCUCCUGUUGUAUUCUCUGCCAUCCUUCUCUCCUCUUGCCUACAUCUCCCAGCAAUCAUUGCAGCUAUUCUCUGUUGCUCCGAUCAGGAGGGUGGGGCUGGCAAAGAUUCGGUGUCUGAUUGAAACUGGGAUGUGUGUGCAGCCUCAGCCAGAAAGGGAUUUGGACAGAAAUAGAGUGAGUGGCUGAGUGACAUCAUUCCCUCACUUCAUGCAUGUGACACCCAAAGAGGGGAAACGGAUCUAUAUAAUGAAUGAUAUUUAGACAAAUAGGUUGAUGAGAGGGAAAGGGAUGAACUAUGGGUCUAAUUCCCCAGCGUUCGCAUUUAAUGCAAUUAUACUAGGACAGGCUUUUCCUUUGUUCUUAGAUUUUUGGGUUAAAUUCACAUCUCUCGGUGUAAAGGAGAUCACAGCCAGAGAUGUGUCUUCUGUAUAUCACCCUAUGAGUAAUGAUCUGUACACUGAAGAGAUCACGACCAGAGAUGUGUCUUCUGUAUAUCAUCCUAUGAGUAAUGAUCUGUA